AUGCCCAACGUCACCUUUAUCAACGACACGCAGGUGCCGCUGCACAUCUGCCUCAAGCAGGUGUCGCCGCUUCACUAUGCCAACGCUGUGCCGCCCAACGGCGGAACUGCCACCAUGCACACAGGUCGCGUCUGGUUCACCAUCCAAGCUCGCAUCGACCGAGGCGACAACAGCUACGACAAGUUUCAAACCUAUGCGCCCAUCGCUGCCAUCACCAUUGGCGUUCUUUCCGUCGCUUCCGGGGCGAUCUACUUUGCAGGAGCAGCUGCGGCAGCUGGGGGCACUGUGGCCGCCGCCUCAGCGGUAGCCGCACGCAUUACUGCUGCAGUUGCGACCCAUACACCCACAGCAAAACGGCUGCUCAAGUACGCGACCAAGGGUCAGGCAGUCGCCAAGAUCGGGCAAGUCGUGGGAAUCGGAGGUGGAGCGCUGGCUGGCGCAAAGGGGGCAGGUGGCAAGCCGAAACCGGUGGAGAAGCAGAUCCAGGAGAAGGCGGCGGAGGCAUCCAAGUCGGCGCUCAAGAAGCUCUUGCAAGGCAGCGUGCUCAGCUCGGCAGGGUGGUAUAUCGACCGAGACCGCACCAUUCGCAUCACGGGCGGACCAAAUGCAUCCAUCACCGAUGGCCUGCUUGUCAUCGAGACCGACACCACCAUUCCUUUCACUCUGGUAGAUGAGACCGGCAAGACGGUCGCUGUAGGCAAUGAAGCAGGCGGAGAGCCUGUACCUCCAAACCCGACCGAGGGAGACGAUCUCGACGAUACAGAGGACGCGGCUCGGCUGAACCCUGCGCCCGGCGAGUCGAUUGCGAUGGGAAUUGGAUCGGCUACGGCGGCUGCAGCUGCCUCGGGAGGUGCGCCCGUCUUGCAAGCCGAGGGAGCGCAACAGGAAAAGACCAAGGAUGGCUUCUGGAUGCGCACUUUCAAAGGCGGCGACAAGCAUUGA